GCUCGUUGCUGUCCUGGUCCUUGCCUGGCCGCUCCGCUCCGUCGCGUGGCUCAAAGAUUUCGGUCGAGGGGCCUACCGGCAUCUGAGAGAUCCCGACACGCGUCUGCGAGUGAAGAUCUACACCCUGGUCUUCUCCCUCUUUCCCUUUGGCCUGAUCAUGCCCAUCUUCGGUCCCUGGGAGAGGGUGCAACUCUGGGUGAGGUGGAGGCCCUACAACAUUGAAGCAGAGCUUCUCUGGCGCGGUACCUUCGCCACCUUCUUCUUGUCCUUCUUCUUCGCGGCCGCCAACCCCAAGGUGAACAACUCCAUCUUGGCAUUUUUCGCUGCCCACGGCAUCUGCCACAGCAUCUCCAUGUUCUUUGACAAUCGAGUCACGCCGACUUACGGCAACGAGAAUGUCGAGCAUCUCCUUGAGAUAUCCGUGUUCAUGGUCCUCGGCUUGGCGCACUGCUUCGUCGGCCGGGCUGUUUGGUUUUGA